CAACCUGUUGAGUGUGUGGGUCUGUUCUCUGUAGUGUAGUGAAGUCUGGGUGUUGUCACGCAGCGUGGAGAAAAGUCUCUGCUCUGACUCUCACAUCCGUGUUUCUUUUCGUCGUUUUUUCUUCGUGCCAAAUCACAACUUUUUAAAGGUUAAACAACCUCAAGCUUGAAGAUGUCCAAGAUCUGUGCUUUGGUGUUGGUGACAUUCGUGUCCCUGGUGUUAGCAGAGGAAGAGAAGGUGGAAGUGGAAGACCCAUUUACUUUUGCAGGAGGAGGACAGGAAGCAAUGCUCAGCAGAUGCUCACUGACCAAGGUCGUGCCUGCGACUGCUAGAGGUCAGCAAGAACACACACUUUCCACUCCCCAAACCUGCAACCAACAGAUAACAUGGAGGAGGAGCAGCAGGAUUUGAGACCCGCAGUGACAGGCUUUUGUGUCAUUUAGAGAGAGAGAUCAACUGAAAGUGGUCAUGUUUGUAGUGAGGAGUGUUGCUUUCUGCCUGAUGACUGAACUACUGUGCUGCAGCCUGCACCUACACUUACACACACACACACCUAAAUCCUGUACACACAAUAUUUGUCAUUUUCAUGUUCAAGUCACUUCCUACACCAGUCACACCAACCUAUUACCAAAAAAACUGAGUGUCUAUGUACCGUAGGUUGUGUCAGUGACUCGCAUCACUUCUGUUGUUGUCUGUGCUGUAUGUAUAUGGUAAACGUUGAUGUAGAUAUUAGUGGCUUACUGUGGCCGAGCUAACCUUCUGUCCUGUCAAAUAUACAGAACACACGUGUCCAUGAGUGAUUAGAUGAGUCUGUCAUGUUUCUAUAAAACAACUGUCGAAACUA